CUCCAUAAUACUUACUUACUUACGUAAUCUUUUUAUCCCUCCUGGGAUAUAAGUGACUGUACCACGUAGUUGAUGUUUAUUUGAAAAGAAAAAACAAAGGGAUUACUUUUUCUUUUCAAUUUAAUAUUUGUAAAAAAUAUGUUUGCUUUCGAAAAUCAAAAGGUAUUGGUUAAUUUCCCUCUAUUUUUUCCAAUAUACAGAGAUUAACAACGUAGAAUAUAGUACAAUAGUUUACAGGUUUAAUGUUAUCACAUGUUACAUUAUUUAUCGUAAGAGUGAAUAACGAAUGAGUGAAUGUAUGAUGAAACAAGAUGAAAAGCGGUCCAUACAAUAAUACUGCUUGAUGGUUUAAAGGAAAAUACGAAAUAAAGACAAGUAUACUGUGAAAACCGAUUUUGAUCUAUAUCAUAGAUACUCUUUUUUCCUUAAUCAAUGAAGGUUCACAGUCUCGUCAAUUGAUUUACUGCUUUUAUCCAGAGUAUUCACUAUGAUUGUAUUCGGUCUAUUCUUUUCUUAAAGUGUAGUGUAAGUAAUUUUAAUCGGUGUAAUUCACUAAAUAAAUGUAAAUAUCUAAAUUUAUCUUAUUUAAUCGGAAAUUCAUUCAGAUUGUUUAAAGCAUUAAACCGUUAACAUUUAUUUAAUAGCAUUUCUCCAAUAAGUAAGAAAACUGAGGUGUAUCAAAUUGUUAUAGAAACACAAAGAAAGCUUUAGAUUACUAACAUUAUUGUUAUUACCUAUGUUUUAUACUUUUUCAGAAUAAUACCCGUUAAAUUCAGAGAUGCGUUUUUUAACUCCUGAAAUAGCUUGGCAUGAAACACUACCAAUAUAUUCAUGUGAUUUACAAAAUCGUCUCAAACUAAUAAGUGAUAAUAAUAAUAAUAAAUGUAGCAAUCAAACAUCUAAUCGUAGUCCUUUAAGUGAAUUAAAUGUUAAAAAUUUUAAAGAUCUCGAUCCUGAUUUGAAUUGGACAAGAUUGGCAACAGCUGGCGGUGAUAAUGUUGUUCGUUUAUGGCGUGUUCAGUUGAAUUGGUUACCUGGAGUUUUGAAAACAACAACAAAGCAAACUGAGUCUCAAUGCACUACUAAUCUAACGGUAACUAAAAAAGAUCCUGGUGUUAAUACACCUUGUACAACACAAAAAGCUGGUUCCAAACAAUUCGAACAUUUAACUUAUUUGGCUUCAUUAAAACGUCAUGAAAAACCUGUCAAUGUUGUUCGUUGGUCACCUUCAGGUGACUAUCUGGCAUCAGCUGGAGAUGAUUUAUUCAUUAUAAUAUGGUCAAAUCAAACAACUACCAAUAAUGGAAUGAUCACUUCGAUAGAUAAUUCAUCCAAUUUAAAAGAUGAAGAUGAUGAUGAUGAUAAUGCUAUAAAUUCGGAAACAUGGAUUCCUUGUCGAAGUUUAAGGCGUCAUUUAGAAGAUAUCUACGAUGUUUGUUGGUCUCCAGAUGAACGUGCACUUAUAUCCGGGUCUGUUGAUCAUUCAGUCAUAGUUUGGCACCUUGACUUAAUUCCAUCACCGUCAUCUGCUCUGCCAGCUGAAGAUAUCAGCAGUGUUGCGGAAGUGGGUCCAGAGAACAAUCAUUCUAAUCGACCUGAGAAUGCACCUGCCUUAAGUACAAAUACCAGUCUGGCUACAAUCAAGACCUUAAUUCUACGUGAUCACAAACAUUAUGUACAAGGUGUUGCUUGGGACCCAUUAGGAUUUUAUGUCGCCAGUUUAAGCAGUGAUCGAGCUUGUCGAAUAUAUCAUGCUGGAACUAAAAAUUGUUUAGCACAUGUGUCUAAAGCUGGAAAACAACGUUUAUUUCAAGAUGAUUCUUGGAAGUCGUUUUUUCGACGUCUUACUUUUAGUCCGGAUGGUUUACUUCUUGUUUGUCCAUCUGGUAAUCUUGAAGAGGCUACAUUUGCUGGAUUAACUAAUUCAACUAUUUCUUCAACCAAUGGAUUUGAACAGCCAGAUAAAAUAGUAGAUACUACCAUUCCACCAGUUGCUCCUCAACAUGCUGCUCAUAUUUUUGUACGUUCAAAUUUCACUCGUCCUGUAGUCAGUUUACCAACAGGUUCUAAGCCAGUUGUUGCAGUUCGCUUUUGUCCUCAACCAUUCCAAUUAAGACAGGUUAACUCAAACUAUCAGAAUGCAACAAAUCAAUAUACUAGCCUGUUUAAUCUUGCAUAUCGGUGGCUAUUUUGCUUAGUAUUAGAGGAUAGUGUUCUUUUUUAUGAUACUCAACAAACUGUACCAUUUGCUCAGGUUUCUCAGCUUCAUUAUCAAGCUUUAAAUGAUGCAUCAUGGUCUAAAGACGGGCAUUUAGUUGUAAUCUGUUCUACUGAUGGUUAUUGCUCUCUGAUUCAUUUCGCUCAUGGUGAACUUGGCGCAUUUUAUCGUGGUACGUUUGGUGCACCUAAUCCACCAGCUAUCUCAAUCGAGAAUGCUGUUAGUGAAACAGAUAAGUGUCAGAGUAAUGAAGUUGAAAUGUUAUCAUCCGUUGUAGGAGAUACCGUUAACGACGCUUUCAAGGAAACAAACAAUCCUCCAAAAUCUAAUGCUUCAUCUGCCACAGUUCCUGACUUAAAUAAACCAACCACCGAAACAAAGUCAUCAGAAUCAAGCAUUAAUAAUAAUCCCAUUGUUGUCGAUAGUGCCACAACUGUAUCCAAACAAAAACGACGUGUACAGUUAACUACAUUGGUUUCUUUCAGUGAUGGGAAUAUAACUAAUAACAGUAGAACAGAUAACUCUCAGAUUUCAAAAAAUUUACCAAAUGACUCUGAUUUCCGCCCAACAGAUCUUAGAUCUUAUAAAUUUGAGGAAAGAGAUGUUAUAGAAAUCAAGGAUUCGCCGACUUCCUAACCGAUGAUAUAAAGUUGUCAUAAUUUCCUAUUAGGCUGCUCUUAAAAAAACCAUAACGUUUCAGGGCCGUAUUGCAUUGUGUGCCAAUAUACCAAUUGUUUAUUUUUGUUUCAGAAACCAUUUCUGUUCUAUUUUUCUAUGUAUUUAUUUAUGUAACAAAUUUUUUAAAACAAAUAGACCCUCUUUACUGUUUUAGUAUUUAACUUGUAUUAGGCAUUGAUUCAUUGUCCAUUAGCUUAAAUAUCAAAACAUCUA